CAGGAGCAUCUCCAGCAACAGAACACUGCGAUCCUUCUCAACUCAUCAUGUCAUCUCUAUCUGUGAACAGUGAGCUUGUCUUCUACAUUAAUGGCAAGAAGAUUGUGGAGAAGAAUGCUGAUCCAGAAGAAAUGUUAUUGGCUUACCUGCGAAGGAAAGUAGGUCUGACGGGCACAAAGUAUGGCUGUGGUGGAGGGGGAUGUGGGGCCUGUACUGUGAUGGUGUCCAGAUACAACCCUAUCCAGGACACUGUGCUUCACUGGUCAGUGAAUGCGUGUCUACAGCCGAUUUGUUCUCUACACGGUGCAGCAGUGGUGACCAUCGAAGGCAUUGGAAGCACCAAGACUAAACUACAUCCCGUUCAGGAGCGUAUAGCAAAGGCUCAUGGGUCUCAGUGUGGGUUUUGUACUCCUGGGAUGGUGAUGUCCAUGUACACAUUACUUAGAAAUAACCCACAGCCCACCAUGGAGGACAUUCGAGAGACACUGGGAGGGAACCUGUGUCGUUGUACUGGAUACCGACCGAUAAUUGAUGGAUUUAAAACAUUCUGUGAUACUCGGAUAUCUUGCCAAAAUGGUGACGGAAAUGGAAAAUGUUGCAUGGAAAACAGCAAUUCUCACAACAAUGAAUCCGAUAUUUCUGGAGAACUUUUCAGCAUGGAUGAAGUCUUACCCCUUGACCCAACUCAGGAUCUGAUCUUUCCCCCAGAGUUACUGAUUAUGCGAAAGCAAAAAGCUGAACAACUUUGUUUCCAAGGUGAAAAGGCCAGGUGGAUUUCCCCAGCAGAUCUGAAAGAUUUAAUCAAGCUGAAAGCUGAAUACUCCAAUGCACCUCUGUUGGUUGGGAACACAACCAUAGGGCCAAAGAUGAAUCUGAAGGGAACCGUCCAUCCUUUGGUGAUCUAUGGUGGAAGCAUUCCAGAACUUCAAGCUGUCAAAUGGAGAAACAAUAGCGUAACUGUAGGGGCAGGAUGCAGUUUGUCUGUUUUGAAGGACAUCCUCCUGCGAGGAACUGAAGAACUCGGGCCAGAGAAAAGCAGGGUUUACCAGGCCCUCGUUCAAACAUUACAGUGUUUGGCGGGCAAACAGAUUCGCAACAUGGCUUCCAUUGGUGGAAAUAUCCUGAGCGCCAACCCCAAAUAUGACUUGAGCAGCAUUCUUGCAGCAGCGGAGUGUACACUACACAUUGUUUCUAAUGAUGGUGCUCGAGAGAUUUGUCUUAGUGAGGAGUUUUUCACAGGCUUUGGUAAAACGGCUCUACGACCAGAUGAGAUUCUGCUGGCUAUUGACAUUGCUCACUCAAGACCGUGGGAGUUUGUUUCGGCAUUUCGCCAGUCACAGCGCAGAGAGUUCGCCUUCUCCAUAGUGAACGCUGGCAUGAGGGUGGUGUUCAGACACAACUCAAAUGUGGUGGAGAAUCUGGAUAUUUUUUAUGGCGGUGUGGGGCCAACUCUGGUAAAAGCCAGACACACCUGUAAAGAGCUGAUGGGAAGAAAAUGGGAUGAGAAACUUCUGGUAGAGGGAACACAGCUCUUAGAAGAAGAAAUUUCUGUGCCCCCUACUGCACCCGGUGGACGGGAAGAGUAUCGCAAGACUUUAGUACUCAGCUUCUUUUUCAAGUUUUACAUGCAAGUGCUGCUGGAGCUCCAACAAAAAGAGGUUGGCAUGAAUGAUUUGCCAUUAGAAUAUCUCAGCGCAUUAAAACCCUUCAAAAAUGAGGUGCCACAAGGAAACCACUCAUUCCAGCUUGUACCAGAGACUCAGUCUUCUAGUGACCCGGUGGGACGUCCCAAUGUACACCAGGCUGCCCUUCAGCAGGCGACAGGAGAAGCUGUGUAUUAUGAUGACAUCCCUUCUGUUAAAGGAGAACUGUUUGUUUCCAUGGUAACCAGCACCAGGGCUCAUGCAAAGAUCAUCUUUAUAGAUGCAUCAGUGGCUCUAGCCAUGUCUGGAGUGAUCACCUUCAUCUCUGCCAAGGAUGUUCCUGGUCAGAAUCGAAGACUCUGGUUCAACAACCCAGAGGAGCUUUUUGCAGAAGAGGAGGUCAUUUGUGUAGGGCAGAUUAUCGGCGCCAUUGUGGCUGAAACCAGAGAACAAGCCAAACGAGCAGCCGAGCAGGUGGCCAUAACUUACCAGGACAUCCAACCUGCCUUUUUCACUAUAGAGGAGGCCAUUGAACACCAGUCAUUUUUUGACCCAAAGAGAAAACUGGAAAGAGGAAAUGUGGAAGAAGGCUUUGAAAAAGCAGACCACAUACUGGAGGAUGAGCUGUAUAUGGGUGGUCAAGAACACUUCUACAUGGAAACGCAGGGAUUGAUUGCAAUUCCUAAGGCAGAGGCAGGUGAAAUGGAGCUCUAUGUUGCCAGUCAGCAUGCAGCUUAUACUCAGGAAGUGGUGGGCAUCACUCUUGGCAUUGAUUCCAAUAAGAUCACAUGUCAUGUGAAGAGGCUGGGAGGUGGAUUUGGUGGCAAAGUCAUGAAGAUUGCAUCAUUAUCUGCCAUCGCUGCUACAGCCGCUUACAAGACUGACCGUGCUGUACGAUGUGUACUAGAACGUGGAGAUGACAUGUUAAUCACCAGUGGCAGGUCCCCUUUCUUGGGAAAGUACAAGGUUGGAUACAUGAAUGAUGGAACAAUCCUGGCUGCUGAUAUCACGUACUACAGUAAUGGAGGAUGCACUCUGGAUGAAUCCUCCUUUAUCAUGGAGAAAGCUCUCCUUCACAUGGAUAAUGGCUACAAGAUCCCAAAUCUACGUGGACAUGGACUGGUGUGCAAGACCAACUUACCCUCAUAUACAGCCUUCCGUGGAUUUGGUGGACCUCAAGGGUUGACGAUCAUUGAGGGCGUGCUACAUGAGGUGGCCGCCAGAUGUGGUUUACCUGCACAUCAGGUGAGAGACAUCAACAUGUACAAGGAUGAGAAAUGCUACACCCACCACAAGCAGCUCUUUUCUCCUCGUGACAUGGUUCGGUGCUGGAAUGAGUGUCUCGAGAAAUCUGACUACACCCAUCGAUGUCUGUCUAUCGAGCAGUUUAAUGCCCACAACCACUGGAAGAAGAGAGGGAUCUCCAUUGUCCCACUAAAGUUUGGAAUUGGAUUCUCCAAGGGCUUCUAUAACCAGGGAGCAGCAUUGGUAAACAUCUACAAAGAUGGAUCGGUUCUGAUCUCACAUGGAGGAACCGAGAUGGGUCAAGGUAUCAACACCAAAGCCAUACAGAUUGCAAGUCGCAUUCUGAAGGUUCCAAUGUCUUCGAUCCACAUCAAGGAAACCUGCACAGGAAACGUGCCCAAUGCUGCACCAUCCGCUGCAUCCUUUGGCACGGAUGCUGUCGGGAUGUCAGUCAAGAAUGGUUGUGAGAAACUAAUGAGACGUCUGGAGCCACUCAUUAAGAAACAUCCCCAAUACACCUGGCAACAACUGGUUGUGGAAGCAUAUUGCCAGAAGAUCAGUCUGUCAGCAACUGGUUUCUUUAUGGGCCCCCAUACCAGUGUUGACUGGGAAAAGAGCGAGGGCAACGCAUACUACUACUUUACUUUCGGGGCCUGUUGCUCAGAGGUGGAAAUUGACUGCUUGACAGGAGAUCACAAGAACAUUAGAACCGACAUUGUGAUGGAUGUUGGUCGGAGCAUAAACCCUGCUCUGGAUGUUGGACAGGUGGAGGGUGGUUUUGUCCAGGGAAUUGGGCUCUAUACUAUAGAGGAGUUGCAGUUUUCUCCUGAGGGUGUGUUGUUGACCAGGGGUCCCUCUCAGUAUAAAAUCCCAGCUCUGUGUGACGUCCCUCCUCAGCUUAAUGUCCAUCUGCUGAGGAACGCAGACAAUCCUCAUGCCAUCUACUCCUCAAAGGGGAUCGGUGAGCCUCCUGUGUUUUUCGGCUGCACUUUGUUCUUUGCCAUUAAAGAAGCGAUAGCAGCCGCACGGCGAGAGAGAGGCCUGAGCGACAGUUUCCCUUUCUCUUCUCCUGCUACUGCGGAAAAGAUACGUAUGGCCUGUGAAGACUGCUUUACAAGGAUGAAUCCACUGGAUAGGAAAGUAAAAACCAAACCCUGGACCAUCAAUGUGUGAAGAAAAACAUCAGAUUAUUCAAACUCUGUAAUGCCU